AUGGUGUUAGGGCAUAACCAAUAUCAGCGAGAUCUCCAGGAGCAACAUUUUCUUGCUGAAGAACAACCCCAAUUGCCGGUAGAGACCUCGCAGCCAUCUGGAAACGCCCCUGUUGUUCGAAGGAAAUUUGCCAAACCUCCGGUCAAGGUAGCGUCCGUGCAUCCCGCACACGAUGCGACGGGCAGGAGCCCUGCUCAAGCUCCUUGGGAUCCUCCUAUUGUGCAGAAUGCUCAUUACGAAGAAGCAGAUGGCGCGUUUAGUCAAAUCGAACCAAUGGCCUUGCCAGGAGCCGGGUUGAGGCAUCUCGACUUCAACCCCGAGGUACAGGGCAUGUUUGUUGGAAUGUUCGCCCAUCCUGGAGACGGCCACCAUCCAGCUGUGCCUGUGUCGCAAGUCCCAUUGGCUGCAGGAGGCAAACAGCCAACUGUGAGAGUGUAUGGCAGUGAGCAAGAUAUAUUGAAUGCUUACUACGAAUUUAUUCACCCAUAUUUUCCGAUCUUACCUCCAAGCAUUGCACAGMCUGGUCCGGAUCUUCCGCUAGAAGACGCAGGCUCACAUCCAAACUCUCCAACCGACGAAGUCAGUCUUGCUUACCGGCCAGUUUCUCCCCUCAGUUGUGCAAUAUCCGCGAUUCUUGCCUUGGUUCCGCUUCCCAACAUCCCUGACUCAGCCAGUGUCAUGUUGCGAAGAUCAUAUUCACAGACCUACGCUCGAUUAGCGACGAUGAGGGUUGAAUCUGAUGGUGAGCUCAUUGAUUCAGUAACCGAUCCGUCCCAGGCGCUGAACCACACUCAGCCAACGAUCAAUAGACCGCCGUUUCAUCCUCAAGCGUCUGUGGAGCUGGAAAGUAUUUUGGCUUUACUUGUUUUGUCCGUUUACGAAUAUGCGCAACGCGGAAAUAUGAUGAAGAUGCGGUAUCGCGCUGGCCAGGCAUGGGUUUUGGCUAUGAACCUAGGCCUCAAUGCGCUCGGCCCUGAGCAGGAUGAAUUUAUGGAAGCCAGGAGGAGAGCAUGGUGGAUGACUGUACUGUACCCUGAAGAGCCCUUGUUUAUUCACCAGAUUUCUGAUUCGUGGAAUGCACCUUCUCCUGUUAUGAUUAACGAUACUCGAUUCACGACGCCUUAUCCUCAAUUCGCAUCAGAUCCAGAGGGAUGGUCGAUUUUACUCCAAGCACAACAAGUUCUCGUAGCCUCCAAUCAGUUUGCCGUGGAUCUCAACAGGUGUCUCAAGGCGCGGUCCAAUAUGCAGUGGAUAUAUGAUCAGAUGAAGCAACUGGAUGCGUGGACUUCGUCUUUGAUGACACAGGCCAAUGCUCCACCUAGCGUUCCACCGCCAGGGGGAGAUAUGAGCAUGGCUUCCGAAUUCGUUACAGCUGAAAGUAUUCGAGCCAUGUCGAGAAUCAAGCUCGCUAGUGCACAGAUUAGGAUACACCAAUUUCGAGCCUUCUCCGACCUUCCUGUCUUUUUCAAGAAGCACUUUGAUUUGGCACAUCCAGGUUCCGACGUGAACGAUCCGUUUCACAUAGCGAAUAACAGCGAUGGUAACCCACUGGAAUGCCAAUGCCAUCAAUUCCACCCUAUGGGUAACGUCUUGCCCACCGAAUAUAGCGGUUCAGCAUCUGAUUCCUCAGCGGCGGCAGGUACUGGACCCGUUCAUCCGCACUACUGCUGGCUAGGUCCCGGGUUCCCAUUCAGCGCUCAGCAGUCUUCAGAUAUAUGCCUUCGAGCGGCUCUGAUGAUUUCGCACAUGCUUGGGAGUUUGCCGUAUCCCCUAUCACUGCGAACUGACAACCGUCGAGACUCCACUAGACAUCCACCUUUUGGUGAUCCUGGUUUACUGGAUCCGCAUACACAGUUCCCACGCACUAUGCCAUAUUAUGCUGUUUGCACUAUGCAAGGUAGCUAUGCACUAUCAAUGCUUGUUUAUAAGACACGGGUCGCAAUGUCAAAAGACACCGCCGCCAACGUUCUAUACGAUGAAGGACACCAAGCCUCGGCAGAGCAGAUGCUAGAUGGCCUAAGUAAUGGAUUGGAGCGUAUCGUUGGGGUUAUCUCUAACUUCUCGAGGGCCUUCGAGGCGCUGAGCGGUAUGAGAGAAAAUAUCGAAAGAGCGAUCCACACGGCGUUCUCCCAACCUUGA